GUAUUGCAAUUAACAGGUGAUUUAAUUGCAAAUCUCAACUGGGGCACUUUUACUUGGUUUUGCUCCGGUGUCUCCCCCAGCCACACAGACAUUUUCCCCCCUUCCUAACCCAACAAUCAUCAUAUGAUUUGAUUCACUGUCUCGAAAUUGCCAUAACAUUCCAAAGUCAUUCUCACAAAUCAGUUUCACUUUGAAUUUUGUCGUUGGUGAUACACUUUUAGUGCUUUUUCUUGGGCUUUUUUUCUGUAGGAGCUUUAGCGCCCCUCGCAUUAUCAAAAUAAACAAAAUCAGUUUUGUGUGUAAAAUUGAGGACAAAAAAAUAUGGAUGGUGUGCUAUUUUUAAUAAUAAUACCAACGGAAAAAGAAGAGGAAAAUCUCUCAGACAAGAAAGUGUCCUUCUUCGAAAAGGACACCAUACCAUCAGAAGAUCAAAAUAAAACCUCUGAUAGCACCACAGAAGACCAGAAUGAGGCAGAUGAAGACAGAGAAUCGUCUCCGAGGGACAAAUUGCUCAAUCAACACGAGAAAGUGACGAUAAAUCCACAACAGAAGCGAAAAGAGGAGAAAUUGCGGGAAAUGGUGCUGCAGAAGGAGGAACAUUUGCGAAAGGCAUGUCAGGAAGUACCACAAGAAGCUCAUGAAUUAAACAUCCCUUUGGAGUCAUCCAUGGAACGGGUACUGGAGGAAAUUAUAGCCAAGGGCAAAAUCACCGGUGCCGCCUGGACGGAAGUUCGCAAGAGUCAAAAGUGGCAGAUUAUCUUCACCCUGGAGAGUGGUCUGAGAUGCGAUCGGGUGACACAGUGGCUCAAUGAUUGGGGCAUUGGGUAUCGCGAUGGUUCAACAGUCACCCUCACUCCCUGCACAGUUCACAACUUUGGAACAGACGCAGACAGCCGGACGGCCUCGCAGGCAGACCUGGACCAGAAGGAGGGCAUUUGGGAAAAAUUCGUGGCUUCGGUCACGGCUCGCCUCAAUGUCGCCCAACUUGUGGAUCAAGUGAGGGUCAAUGCAGAGAUUCGAUUUGAUUUCGUCACUCUCAUCAUCGUAGCAGCAAUCCUCGCGGGAUUCGGUUUAGUGGAGAACAAUUCCCUUUUUCUAGCGGCCAGCAUGCUAAUCUCCCCACUAAUGGGCCCUAUUGUGGCAGCAACUUUUGGGACAGUGGUCAAGGAUCGUCAGCUGACAAAAUUGGGCGUUACGAAUGAGCUAGUGGGAAUUUUACUGGCCACUCUCGUAGGCUUCUUCUUUGGCCUAAUUGUAUGCAUCUCCAAUGGCUACUACGGACUCCAGGAGGGUCUCACGCGAGAGAUGCUGAGCAGAUGUGAGCUACAUUCCCUGGUAGUGGGAAUUCUCAUUGCUCUGCCCUCGGGAGCAGCUGUAGCCAUUGGGAUUCUCGGAGAGAAUGCAGGAUCUCUAGCAGGAGUGGCUAUUUCUGCCUCCCUGCUCCCUCCAGCUGUCAAUUCUGGCUUUCUCUGGGCUGUCGCUGCCUUCUACAAUCUCUCUGGCCAAGAAGCCGAUGCCAGAUUCAAAGAUCUCGUAACGACCUCUCAAUACUCGAAUAACCAAUUUACAGAACUAAUCCUCCAGGCAACUGUGAGCCUUGGAGUAACUUUAACUAAUGUAAUCUCUAUCUUCCUUAUGGGUAUCUUUAUACUGAGAAUUAAGGAAGUCGCCCCCAUGGUCACAAAAUCCCACACGCAUUUCUGGAAGCACGAUGUAAAGAUUGCCAGGGAUUACAAUAAAACCUGCCAAUUCGACGAUGCCCAAUCCCUGAGACAGAAACUCGAGAGGGAAAUUGAGGGAUUCGAGGCACAGUCUGAGAACCAGGGAGUUGGGGUUAGGGCAGAAAUUAUGCGUAGGAUGAGCAGAGGAGCCCUGCCAUUCAGUUCCUUCAACCAAAACACUUGGAGCACCCUGGCUCAACCCCAAAAUACCCGCCCCACAAUGCAGGACAUUGAAGCCCUCUACCGAGAUACAAGUGUCUACCCUAAGUACCAACCUGAACGUAUCCGAGGCAGCAUUUUUGUUCCACCAUCGCAGGACGGGGGCGCAUUCUUCCGGAGGAGUUCCAUGCCGGCCAAGAGUUUCACCAAACCACAACACAAUUUUCACAAAUUGGAAAGAAUCACUGAGAUGAACAAUGCAAAUGAUGGUCAAGUCACACCCAGGAGCACAAAGAAAACCUUCACUGUGCUACAGGUGGACGGGAAUGAGGAAAAUGGGAGAAAAUGAAAAUUUUCAAAGCCACUAAAAACAAUCACAAACAAAACCGCGCCAUGGAUAUAUUCGCUUUAGAACUCGUCGAAAGCUCUGAAGCAAAGUACGCGGCGAAAAUUUGAAUUUAACGGAUUAAUUGCUUUAUGAAGAAAUUUGUACAAAUAAAAAGAAAUUCAGUAAAUUA